AUGGACCCCAGCGAAUUCCAGUCACCGAAGGACUUUGUGGCCGGCCUCUCCAGAGCAGAGGCCAAAGCACUGCUGCAAAAGUGGCGCGAGGAGAAUGGCCGCAACUCUGAGCUGAUUCGCGAAAUAUGGCGCUGUCCGAAGCUGGCACUCGCCUCUAAUCUCGGUGAUGAAAAAUGGCUCGUCCUCGAGCAGGUCUGCCUCGCCGCGACCGACCUGCACGACAAGACGCUGGUGAAGGAGUGCCUCGCCCUGCUGCAGGCCCAGUUUCCCAAGAGCAGCCGCGUCCGCCGCCUGCGCCUGAUGGCCAAUCUGGAGCUGAAUGAGCGCUACGAGGAGGCCCUCACCGAGUACAACAGCAUGAUCGCCGCCGAUGAGUCCAACUCGCUGCUCUACAAGCGGAAGAUCGCCAUCCUCGUGGCGGCGAAGCAGACCACCGACGCCAUCAAGCACCUGGUGGAUUACCUGAAGAAGUUCCUCAACGACCACGAGGCGUGGAUCCAGCUGGCCGGCCUGUACAUUCGCGAGCAGGAGUACGUCCGGGCGGCCUUCUGCCUGGAGGAGCUCAUACUGACCAGCCCGCACAACCACCUCUACCACGAGAAGUACGCCGAGGUGCAGUACACCAUCGGCACGCCCGAUUCCCUUGAACUGUCUCGCUCCUACUUUGCCCAGGCCGCCCGCCUGAAGCCGUCCAGCGUCCGGGCACUCUAUGGCCUGCUGCUCGCCUCGAACGCCCUCGCCGCGCUGCCGAAAACGGCGCCGGCGAAGAAGAAAGAGUGCCAGCGGCUGUCCGCCUGGGCCGCCGACGCCCUCGCCAAGAUCUACCGCAGCGCCGUCGUCGAUGAUGAGAAGCACCUGGAGAGCCUGGAGGGUGCUCUCGCCAGUCUGCAGGUGUCCUGA